ACACAACACACGUUGUGCGACUGCCGCUUAAAAGAAUGGAACAAACAAAAGGAUUUUACGACUUUUGCAUACCUUUUAACAAAGAUGACAAGAUUAUGCGGGCUAUUUUGGAUGAGCUGGUCGAGCUGGGAUAUAGAACGAUAGCGAUUGACCAAAGUUUCGAUCACAGCAAGAAGGAGGCUGGCAAACGUGGAACCGAAAUGUUUCCGGAGCCGCACAGCAUUGAUCAUUUGCGUAAGGAAUUUGCGGACAAACUGAGGAUACUGCAACGGAUAACAAUCUUAUAUGUGGACGUUAAUGUAGCGCACGCAAUGAGUGUUUCCAUAAAUCUGCGCAAGUUCAAUCUCAUUGCUGGCCAACCCAAAACAGAUGCCGCCUUAACGCACUGUUGCACAUCAUUUAGUGGUGAUAUUAUCACUUUUGAUUCCAUUGCCGGUUCCCGUCUCCUCGUCAACCGGAAGGCCUACCAAAUAGCUGUACGCCGUGGCAUGUUCUUUGAGAUAAAAUAUGCACCGGCAAUAGCAGAUUCAAACAAUCGCAAGGACAUGAUUAAAGUGGCCCAAAACUACUGCACAAAGGGAAAGUCAAAGAAUGUCAUCUUCAGCAGCGGCGCUUUCCACGAAUUCCAGCUUCGCGGACCUUACGAUGUGGCCAAUCUAGCCUUCAUUUUUGGACUCUCGGAGGAUCAGGGCAAGAACGCAAUCGAUCGCUUCUGUCGUCAGCUCUUUUUACGUGCCGAAUCCCGACGUAUUGGGAAAACAAUAAUGUUUGUCAAAAGCAAAGGACCAAUUGUAUUUUCAGACAGUUCUGACGACAACAAUAAAAGUGAUGACGAGGACGAUGAAAUGGACGCCCUAGUAAAUGAAGAGGAUCAAAGUGAAGACAGUCAAGAUAGAAAAAGAUUGAAAAUUUCAUAGAGAAAUAAAAGCAUUAAUAUUUAUAUUUUGAACGCUC